AUGCUGCCAAGUAAAGUUGGGCCUGCUCGCAUUUUCACGUGCGAUUGGCCUUCUGAUCUUUUCGAGGAUUCGAAUUUCGUGCAAAAGACUUUCGACGAGUUCGCUCGACUCCUACAGGCACGUAUUGAGGCGCUACCCCCGGCGCUGAAUCAGGCUCAGCACCAUCAACGUCCAAUCCUCUUCAUUGCCUCAUGUCUUGGUGGCAUUAUUCUCAUGAAGGCGCUCGUGCUGGCCUCCCCUGAGUACAUCAAGAAAGCAGUACACGGCAUCGUCUUCCUUGCCACGCCUUUUAGUGGCACGUCAUUUCGCGAUGUGGCCGAGUGGGCAGAGCCAGGGCUUCGAAUGUGGGCCUUUGUUCGAGCCGAGCAAGUCUCCAACUUACUUCGAGAGACCAAAAUGAACUCCGACUUAAUAAAGCUUCGCCACGACUUCACUGCACUUUGCCGAGAGCACAUGAAUCCCGACUGCAUGACUGCUUUCUACGAGAAGGGCAAAUCAAGUCUGCCGCGUAAACUCUUCCCCUGGUUGCCCGCCUUCUUGGCCAAAGAGAAACCGUUGGUGGGAGAAGAGUCUGCGAGCCUCGAUAUCGUGAUGGACCGCCUCUCACUGAACCGCUCACACUUACUAAUGAACAAAUUUUCUGGUCCAUUUGAUCAGGAUUAUGUUCUUGUAAUUGGACGCGUGAGAAAAAUUCUCGGAAAAAUUCGGGAGGGAAGAACGCUUUACAUGGCAGAUAAAUGGAUCAGCAAUCAUUGUUACACGACUGACAAACUUGCCAUUCAGCGAAUAGCACACACAGACGAACCCUUGGCAAUGGAGAAUUGCUUCAUCAACCUAGUCAUUGUCGAGACCCCUGGCGAAUCACUCAAAAUGGAGGAAGACAGAAAGUCAUCUGCGCAAUUUUCAAUUCACGAUCGACUUAAAAUCCGAGAGCCGGACGAGGAAAUGCAAGUCGAUAUUCGAAAGCUCUUCGACCCGCGCAAAGGGAAGAAAUCAGAAACAACCAAACCUCGGAGGAUUCUAAUUCGUGGACACGCCGGUGUCGGAAAGUCUACCUUGUGCAAGAAGCUUAUCCAUAACUUCAAGGAACUUGGUAUCUGGCGCGAUAUUUUCGCCCGUGUGCUUUGGGUACCUCUACGGAAUCUCAAGAGACAAGACCAUGAAAAGAAGAGCCUUCGAGAUGUAUUGCGACAAGAGUUCUUUCUGGGUUCCCCUAAGUCUGAGGACCUAUCCCGUGAACUUGAAAUGGAGUUGGAAGCUGACGGAGGCGAAAAGACUCUAUUCAUACUUGAUGGUUUGGAUGAAGUAUAUGAAGGUUUGGAAACAGACAACUACAUGUACGAGCUCCUCUAUGACUUCUUGAGAUGGCCGGCAGUCAUUGUUACUUGCCGCCCCAACGUCUCGCUGGCGUCUCAAAGGAACCUCAGUUUCGAUCUGGAGCUAGAGACAAUCGGAUUCUCCUCUGAGCAGGUGAACUCAUAUAUGCAGAAUGUACUCACCAUUCCUGGAAAAGUCCGUGGAGAGAGUAUACCCGAUGUUCAGAAGAUUGAGAGUCUCCAAUCGCUCCUCCAACAACACCAGCUUCUCCAGGACCUGAUUCGUAUUCCCAUUCAACUGGAUGCGCUGUGUUACAUCUGGGCCGAUGGUGACAACAGUCUACGUGAUGGAACUGCACUAGGUACAAUGACCAAUAUUUACCAAGCCAUUGUGGAAAGACUGUGGAAAAAGGAUAUUCCAAAAUUGCACUUUGAAGAUGGCGAACGGCCAAUUUCAAAAGUGGUUAUGGAAAAGGCUUCCUUGAGAAUGAUUGAGCACGACGCACCUCGCAAGCAGUAUCUCCUUGAGAGGUUUGCCUUUUCUGGAUUCGUCGACAACGUUAUCAACUUUGACCGAGAAUAUCAGAAAGCCAUUCUUGAAGAGCACAUGGACAAAAGCCAAUCACUCCCGCCAAGUGAAGAGCCGUUAUUAUCGGCAAGCCAAACACUCCACCGUCUCUCUUUCUGGCGUGCCUCCAAUCCGUCAGCUAAGCAUCCCACAUACCACUUUCUUCACUUGACAUUCCAAGAAUAUUUCGCAGCGCGAUAUUUCGUUCGACAAUGGAAAGCAAAAGAGCCCCUGCGACUCGGCAAGAACAGUGGUUCGAAGCGGACAGAGAGUUUGACAACUUUCUUGAUGGAUCAUAGAUACGAGGCCCGUUAUGACGUCUUCUGGCGUUUUGUCACCGGUCUCCUCAGUCUGGAAGGGAAGGAAAUUUGCAAAUUCUUCAGCCUGGUUGAAAACAGCCCCCGCGACCUCCUCGGCCCUGUCCACGAACGACUCAUUGUGCAUUGCCUGAGCGAAGUUCCCCCAGAUCAAUUGUUCUUUUCUGAGAAGAGGAAAGAGCUAGAAAUUCGUAUCGUCGAUUGGUUGAUAUUCGAAGACGAAUUUGCAGGUCAUACAAGACUCGCGAAUGAGAUAGAGGUUCCACUAGCAUCUCUGAAAGCCGCGCUAGAGUUGGGUGGCACGGCAACGCGGAUCUCUAUUGUACUUGCACUGAGAAGCCGUCCUGCCUUACCAAUCGAGUUCAUCCAUCUCGCAUGUUCCUGGCUCGAGGCGGAUACCGACCGGAAACUCAAGCUACACAUCCUGGACCUGCUAGAAAGGCAGAAAGGCCCUCCGGAUGACCUGGUUUUUGAAGCUGUUGUGGCGCUAUUUAGGGAUAGAGAGGAACGUGUCCAAGAUGAAGCCAUCUCCACAUUUGAAUGCUGGUCAUUACCUCAAAAUCAAAUCGUCAGUGCAAUCAUGCCAUUUGUCAAGGAUAAAAAAAGUCGCAUUCGAUGGCCCGCUGCUCGGAUACUUGGAAAAUAUUCUCGGCUCGACGAUGAGAUAAUGGAUGAUCUCAAAGUGGAAAUUGAAGACCAAGAGUCUGAUAUUCCAACAGAAGUAAGUUUGGACAUUCUUGAAAGCCAGAUACAAUACAAUAGGGAUGUUCUUGGCUUUAUUGCUGCGCAACUCGAAGACAAGUACCUUCAUUGGAUCGCUACCAAUAUUCUUCAGGAUCAGCCCGAUCUGGAUGAAGACAUCUUCCAAACGGUCAUCAAGUUGCUUGAAAGUAGAGAAGAAUUUGCCAGAAAGGCUGCCAUCAAAGUGCUUGCCAGUUUGAAUCGCCGAAAAGAAGAGGUAGAGGACAUCGUCAUGGCUCACCUUUUGAAUCAAGAUCCUGAAAUACGGAUAGGAGUCAUCAAGGCACUCCGGGAGUGGCCAGAGCUCGACGUCAAAGUUCUCAACUUACUUACUGAGGCUCUUGAGGACAAGAAUAGGGAUGUGCGAUUGGCAUCAAUCAAAAGUUUGGAACAACAACCUCAUCUUAGUCACGAUAUCCUUGAUGUUGUCCAGGCACGGGCCCAGGAUCAGACGGAAGACGACCAGGUUCGCGGCCUUGCAAUUCAUACACUGAUGGAGCGAAAGACAUCUGUCGACGGCAUAGAUGAAUUGGUGAAAACAUGGCUUCGAGAAGAGAACUAUUCCAUCCAGCAGGAAAUCAUAGGAGCCCUAAGAACCUGGCCUCAGCCCAGCAAUGAGAUUCUCGAUACAGUCCUGGAGCGACUUAAGGAAGGUGACCACUAUGCUCAAGAGAAAGCACUCGAUGCAGUUCGGAAUUGGCCCCAAUUUAACGAUACCGCGCUCCAUGCCAUAGCCCGGCGGGUGCCGUAA